UAAGGUGGUGAAAAAGGAGCCCAACUCGGGUAAUUUUUAUCCGCAAUGGCACUCACGCUGCCGAGGCAUCGCCGGCAGGCGGUUCCUGAUAUAGACUCCACGAAUGCGGCAGCGCAAGUGGCGGAUCGCUACUCGAAGGAAGACAAGGAUGAGAAGGAUCGGCGCCAGCAUGAAAAGGGGCUCCGAUGGCAGCUGCCAUUUCUGGCGCUAGGGCUAUUGCGCCACAUGAGUGCUUCAUCUAACAUCAUCCAUGACUGUGAUGAGGUCUUCAACUACUGGGAACCCCUUCACUACCUCCUCUACAAAUCUGGAUUCCAGUCUUGGGAAUACAGCUCUGAGUUUGCGCUGCGGUCAUAUCUAUACCUACUGUUUCACAUGCUAUUGGCUGGACCAACAUCCUGGUUUUACAAGGAUGAAAAGGUACAGGUUUUCUACAAAGUGAGACUUUUUCUUGGCCUUAUCUCAACAAUUACUGAGACUGUUCUGGUAGUUGCCCUUUCAAGGAAAUAUGGAAAAAGACUUGCAACAUAUGCACUUGCAAUGCUAUGCUUAACCAGCGGUUGUUUCUUUUCAAGUACAAGUUUUCUACCAAGUACAUUCUCCAUGUAUGCUGUUACACUGUCAUCUGCUCUGUUCCUUCUUGAGAAAUAUGCUUCUGCGGUUUCUGUAGCUGCCACUGGAGUCCUCAUUGGCUGGCCCUUCUCAAUUUUGGUUUUUCUUCCUGUUACUAUAUAUUCAUUAAUCAAAGGGAGUUUUAAGAAAGUUUUUCUGUCAGGGUUGAUAACUUCUAUCUCUGUUAUUGCUCUUUCAGUUUAUGCAGACUAUUAUUACUAUGGCAAAUGGACAUCAUCUAUCUUCAAUCUGUUGAAGUAUAAUGUACUGGGUGGUGGGGAGAGUCAUUUAUAUGGUGUUGAAAGUGCCACAUUCUAUUUGAGAAACGGUUUCAACAAUUUUAACUUUUCCUUUAUUCUGGCUCUUCUUUUUGUGGCAUUUCUGCCCAUUACAUGGAAAAAAUAUACCCCAGAUCUUCUAGUUGUGGUUUCACCUAUAUAUGUUUGGUUGGCAUUUAUGUCUUUGCAGCCGCACAAAGAAGAACGGUUCCUUUAUCCAAUAUACACACUUAUAUGUGUUGCAGCUACAGCCGUAAUUGAUAGUUUUCCUGAUAUUUUCCGUGAUAGGUUUUCGAAUGAAGAGUCCCUCACUGUUAAGGUUGCUAAGGUUCUUAGACCAGUCUUUCUGGGCCUUAUUUUGUGUGCAUCCCAUAGCCGCACAUUCUCAUUGUUGCAUGGAUAUUCUGGUCCUUUGGUGAUCUAUAAGCAUUUAGAGCAUCAUGAAGAUGCCGGUCCAGGUUCUGUACUGUGUGUCGGAAGUGAGUGGCAUCGCUACCCUUCUUCCUUCUUCAUACCAUCAUAUGUGAAUGAAGUUCGAUGGGUUAAUGAUGGCUUCGGAGGACUUCUUCCAUUCCCCUUCAAUUCAACCUUAGGCGGCACAGCCGCUGCUCCAUUUUAUUUCAACAAUAAGAACAAAGCUUCUGACAUGCAAUAUCUCCAUGAUAUAGAUGCAUGCACCUUAUUUGUGGAGCUUGAUCUCGGAAGACCUCACCCUCAUCGAGGAAGAGACUUAUCAAAAUGGGAGACCUUGGCUGCGGUACAUUAUCUAGAUCGGGAGAUUUCGCCUGCUAUCUAUCGAUCAUUUUUCAUCCCCUACAUUUGGCAUCAGAAAAAUGUUUUUGGAUUAUACAAGUUGCUGAGGAAGAUACCUCAGAGCAGUGUGGGGCAAGGCUAGUUUUACUGGCAGUAAACUGUUUUCUGCUAAAGAAUUUACUGAAGAUGAUAAAACUUGAAUUGGUAUUUUGAAGCCACCCCUGCAUAUUGAUCUCCUUUGUUCUAGUUUUUCUAAUUUUAUUUUUCAUAGAAAGCUUUAAUGAUGUAGCUGAGCGUUAUAAGCCAAGUUCAGGAGUAGGAAUAACAUUUGUUUUUGUGAGAAUUGGAUACUUUGCAAGCCACAAUUUCUACAGAUUUUACGUCAAAUGAAACAUGGUUUUCUCUGUGUACUUGUGUUUUUAAUAGAAUGAUAUGAAUGAACUUAG